AUGAAAGAUGAUAAACGACAUUUGGAACUUGAGGAAGAGUGCCUUGGAGUAGACAAUGCUGCUACAAAUGCGUAUAUGAAUAGUUCAAAUCCUAAACGUGGAUAUGAUAACAAACACAAGCUUGGCCAUAUUGGUCAACAAAAAAUGAAUCGCUUAUCUGAAGAAGGUCUACUUGGUGCAAUAGAUGAAGUAGAAUUGUCUACUUGUGAAUCUUGCCUAACUGAAAAAAUUGCAAGAAAAUCAUUUGGGAAAGGCACAGGAGCUGAUACUUUAUUGCAAUUAAUUCAUUUUGACAUCUUUGGUCUAAUGAAUGUAAGGGGUAAUGUGUUCAUAGAAGAACAAGACAGUGGCAUGGUAACUGAAAUUGAGUCAUGUGAUGUCACAUUUAUGGAGAAUGAUUUUACUAAGCAAGGCGAGAUAGGUCAAGACAUAUCUCCUUAUGAAACUAUGGAUCAGACCGCUUCUUCUAUUGACAUUCCAAUGAAUAUGAGUGGAAGUCAUGUUGAUGAUAAUGGAUCAGUUCCUAUUUCCUCAAGUCCUAGUGAUAUUGUUAGUCCGAGUAGGACCAUGUUGGAUCUAGAAUUACAUCAAAUGGAUGUGAAAACUGCAUUUCUCAAUAGAGAACUAGAAGGAGAAAUCUACAUGAAACAAUCUGUAGGUUUCAUGAAAAAGACAAAGAAAAUAAUGGACUUAAACAAUCUUCUAUGCGAUGAUGACAUACUUAUUGCUGCAAGUGACAUCGAAUAUGUAAAAAAAAUAAAAGAGUGGUUAUCAUCUACUUUUGAGAUGAAAGAUAUGGGUGAAACGCCAUAUAUUCUUGGAGUUAAGAUUUCAAGAGAUCGUUCGAAGACGUUGUUGUCUCUUUACCAAGAAUAUUACAUUAAGAAAGUUCUUAAACGCUUUAAUAUGCAAGAUUGCAAACCCAUAAACACUUCAAUUUCUAAAAGUGAAGCUUUAAACCAAAGGAUGUGCCCUCAGCCUCCACAAGAGAAGGAACAAAUGAGAAAGGGUUUUUAUGCCAAUGCUGUUGAAAGUCUAUUGUAUGCUAGGAUGUGUACUAGACCUGAUAUCUUUUAUGUCAUUGG